UCUCUCUCUCUCUCUCUCUCUCUCUUGCAGAAUUCUUAGUUUUUUUUUUUAUUUUUGUUUAUGGGUUUUAUAGUUUCUUUUUUACUUGGGGUUUCUUUCGAUUUCUUGUAAUUUUUUUCAAGUACUCUAAUUUGUCACCCUCCUUCUCCCCGUAGUCUGUCACUGUAAUCAUCACCUUCUGUACACACCAUCUCUACUACUAGUGAAACUGAUAAUGUUUCUUUUGAACACAAUCUCUUUCUUUUUGGGUAUAUGGAUAUAAUAAUAGCUACAAAAGGAUGAGAUUAUUGGGUGGUGGUGGUGGUGGAGAUCAGAGAGCAGAGUAUUGAACAAAAAUCAUAUUCUUGUCUGUUGUUUCCAUGUUCUUGAUUGCUUGGGUGGUGGUGGUGCGUUAAUUAAGAAGAAAUUUGAAAAAAAGAGAGAUAUCACAAUUUUGUUUGCAGAGUUUCUCAGAGAAACUCAAAAUCCAUUAUAAGCCAUCAUCUCAUCACGAGAUUUUUCCCCUUUGCCACCCAUUGAAUGAUAUGCCUAUCUGUAGCCAAGUGUCACUGCCACCUGUUCUUCAUCAACAAUCCACUGCCUAGUUGUAUCCAAAUCUUGGACUCUCUCUCUCUCUCUCUCUCUCUCUCUCUCUCAAUUGUUGUUUUCUAGCUCUUGUUGUUUUCUUUGAAAAAGUCUGAAGUGGGUUGUUACAACAAGAGCUUGAUAGUGCAAUAAAUCAAAGAAAUACAGAGAUCAGAGAGAGUAGUAGAAGUAGUAGUAGUAGUAGUAGUGGGUUUGUUUUGUUUUUGUUUUUUUUUUGUUGGAGUGUUGUUGUUCUUCUUCUUCAGAAGCAAAUGUUUGUUGCAGUGACGUCUAAGUCUAACUCAACUUCUUUGUCUGAGGAAGCUAAUAAUAGUGUUUCUUCUUCAUCUGGGACUAGAGUCCACCAGGACUUGAGUUGCCUAAAUCCAAUGGUUUCAACCAUUCCCCCUCCACAGCAGCCACAGAAGAUCAAGAAGAAGAGAAACCUCCCUGGAAACCCAGACCCAGAUGCAGAAGUGAUAUCAUUAUCACCAAAGACCCUUAUGGCUACCAACAGAUUUGUGUGUGAGAUCUGCAAGAAAGGAUUUCAGAGAGAUCAGAACCUUCAGCUUCACAGGAGAGGACACAACCUUCCAUGGAAGCUGAAGCAAAGAAACAACAAAGAGACUAGAAAGAGGGUGUAUGUUUGCCCAGAACCAAGCUGUGUUCAUCACCACCCUUCAAGGGCUCUUGGUGAUCUCACUGGAAUCAAGAAACACUUCUGCAGAAAACAUGGGGAAAAGAAAUGGAAAUGUGAGAAAUGCUCUAAGAUCUAUGCUGUUCAAUCUGAUUGGAAGGCUCACUCUAAAACCUGUGGAACAAGGGAGUAUAGAUGCGACUGCGGUACUCUUUUCUCCAGGAAGGAUAGCUUCAUUACCCACAGAGCAUUCUGUGAUGCCUUGGCUGAAGAAAGUGCUAGGCUCUCAGUCGCAGCUAACCAAUUGGGAAACCUAACUCCCCAUCCCUUCCAUCUCCUCCACCACCCUCCUCAUAGCCCACCUAAUCUCUUGACUUUCUCAUCCCACCACCACCACCAACCACCACCACAACAACAACACCAACACCACUUCCCAAAUCCACAACAACAAAUUCACAUCUUUCUCAAUCCAUGGGACCCACCUCAAAACCCUAACCCUAACCCUAACCCUAGUCCCCUCAACCAAAACCCACUUCAUAUCAAGCAUGAACCUGUCCACCUCCCCAUCCCACAACCACCACAACAACAACAACAACAACAACCCAUCUCUUCCUCACCAUUUUUCCAACCACCACCAACCCACAAGAAUAUGGCCACCUCACCCUUCCAAAACCUCCAUGUCAGUACACAAGCCACCUCAAACAUUGCCACGUCAGCUGACCUCUCAGCCACUGCACUCCUUCAGAAGGCUGCAACAGUUGGCUCACAGACAGUUGGCCACGUGGCAUCUACCAUGUCUCCGGAGUACCACCUGGGCUUCACGUCGGGGAAUAUUGCCACGUGGCAAAAAAGUGACAGCCUGACCAGAGACUUUUUGGGUCUAACAGGAGACUGUGAUGAUGGGGGUGUUGACGUUAACGUGAACGUGAGGAAUCUGCUAUCGUUCACGGGGGGCGUAGAGUUCCCAGCAGCAGCAACAUAUAAUGAGCGUGACCACACACUGUUGAAGGCCCAAGCCCAAGGCUUUGGGUUUGGGUUUGCCGAGCCUCCUCCUCCUCCUGCCUCGGAAACAUGGGGGAACUGUUGAAGCCUUUUGUGUACAAGAGGGGUAAGACGGUCAUUUAAGACUCUACCCUUCUCAAAAUGACCAAAAUAUCCCUUCUCAAGAAGGAAAAACCCAAAAAAAAAAAAAACUUUUUGUCACUUAUUUUCUCUGUAAUCUUUCCUUUACAUAUAAUUUCAUAUCAUGUUUUGUUUUUUCUCCUGUUUCUUUUUUCUUUUUUUAAGUUGGAGUAGUCACUUUAUACUGGGUGUGGGUGGCUGCUGCGCUUAUCUUUUACUUUUUGUUUAUGAAUUUGCAUUUCAUUUUUUU